AUGUCGACUCCCAGUGCCCGAAAACCGCUUUCUACCCCUAUGAAUACUCCUUCACCGCGUCGGAAUCCUGUCGAAAAUAGUCCCAGUAGACCUCCUGUGGCAAGUUCAGUACCAACGAGUACUGGUCAAGGUCUUGCACGCACUCCGUCUCUCCGACAGACCCGACCUCUGCGGAAAGCGACAAAUCGCUUGAGCAGUUCAUUUGGAACGCCUGAUAACGAAAUCGAGAAUGAGGAGACAAAAUCUGCCAACGCACAAUUGAUCGCAGAUUUGAAAGAGCAGGUUCAUCGUGCUGAACAAGCAUCGGAGCAAUACAAAAAACAAUUAGAAGGCAUGCAACAACGGCUUGACGAAGCAGCGACAGAACAGACUGCCUCCGAAGAACGUGAUUAUCAAAGACAAACGGAAUUAGAUCGACUGAAAGCAGAGAUCAAGGAUUUGACUCGGCAAUGUCGAGAGCUCGAGUUAAUUUACAACGAGGACAAACAAGCCUUCCUUCAGGACCGGGAGAGACAGGCUAGUAAGGAAGCAGAUCUCCAAGCGGUGAUCGGUAGGCUUAAUGAAGCCUUGCGAAAUCGGAGCGCUGAAAGACUUAACACCAGCCGAUCUACUGGCAUAGCUGAGACCCAGUUAUCCGAUGGCAGUGCAGAUGGAAGUGCCGCCGCAAGGGAUAGCCAUGCACCCGACUUUCUUCAGACCCUCCAACAGAAGGAGGCGGCCAUCGAAGCCCUCAGAUUUGACUUGGCUGAAGCACAAUUGAAGUUGGCUGAACAAGAGCACAUGGGUGAUGGACGUCUCCAAGCGCUGGAGAAGGCAAUCAUGGAAAUUAAGAUGCAAAACGCACGCCUUGUGGAAGAGAAUGAGAGUUUUCAGAUGCUUUUAAGCGAGAAAACGCUCAAGGGGGAUUUUAUGCACGAUCAUCAUACUCAUGAAGACAUCGGCGAGAUGAGCACAUUGGCAGAAGAACUCGAGUCAACGGAAGAGGACACCGAGGGCCAAAGUGAAGCGUACAAGAAGUUGGAGGCCGAUAACAAGUCGCUGAGAGAAGAGAAUAAGGCUCUGACACUAUACAUCGACAAGAUUAUCGGGCGCUUGCUUCAGCACGAAGGUUUUGAGCGUAUUAUUCACGACAAGGAGGAACCUCCGCCACCGCCCACCAGAUCCGCAGCGACGGACAAGGCACUUCCAGCCGUACCAGAUCAGCACACAUCCACGCCCACGCAAACUGCAGCCACCACAGCUGCUGGAGUUGCAACUGGCUUGCUGCAGCGGGCCAGAUCUGUUGUGUCACGACCAGGACCAAAGGCACGACCGAUGUCGUACGCACAACCAGCUCCCGCAGCACCAACGCCGAAUGAAAAUCCAGAGACUGCUCCCAGUAUUCCACUCAACCGAGGACAUCGUCGGGCUCGAUCUGAUCAGGUUCAAACGGACAUGGCAGCAGCUGCAGUGGUCCAGCAAAUGAACCGUGGAUCUCCCAUGCGCACGGUCUCUGGAGGGCCAAUGAGUCCGGGGAUACGACCACUUAGCCCACAACUGUCCCAGGGACGAGGGUCAUAUUUCAGCCCGACAAGUGCCACUCGGGCGCCGUCAGGCUCUGGUACACGAGGUGGUAGUUCGGCCAACAGUAUGACCAGCGAGCACAGCGAAGAACAAAAAUCAUAUACGGAUGGCAGCUCUACAGCGGCACAGACAGGCGGAAGUAAUCCAAGCCAAGGACAAAGCAAUAUCCCUGGAGCGGUGAUGAAACAGAAUCAGCUGAGACCUCUACGAUUGGUGCAAGAACAGGCCGUGGCAGAUGAGGAGCAGAAACGAAAUAAUCGUUCGAGUUGGAUUGGGUGGUUGAGAGGCAGUACGAUCGAGGCGCAGAAUGAAUAA